CAACCGAAAGUGGCUUUGGCAAACACUAUUGAUUACAAUGGCAUCUGGCACUCCGCCCAAAGUUUUCCAUUUCAAGCUGGUCCUGCUGGGGGAUGCCUCGGUUGGAAAAUCCUGCUUGGUUGUCAGAUUCGCCAAAGGAGAGUUCUAUGAGUACCAGGAGCCUACAAUUGGCGCUGCUUUCAUGACCCAGACAGUAAGCCUCAGCUCAGAGGUGGUGAAGUACGAGAUUUGGGAUACAGCUGGGCAAGAGCGGUACAAGAGCCUGGCUCCCAUGUAUUACAGGGGAGCUGCCGCUGCCGUGAUUGUGUUUGACAUCACCUCCCGGGAAUCUUUCGAUGCCGCGAAGUCCUGGGUUGCGGAGUUACAAAACACGGACACCUUGAUUGCCUUGGCUGGAAACAAGUCUGACUUGGAGGCAAGCAGAGCUGUGGAAAGAGAAAUGGCCAAGAGCUAUGCAGACCAGAUGGGCAUCCUCUACAUGGAAACAUCUGCGAAGAGCGGCCAAAAUGUUAACGAGCUUUUCCAUGAGAUUGCUGUUCGCCUGCCCAAGCAGUCCAAGGAGGAUGAUCAGUCUCGUGGCUUCGCAGCUGUGGCCUCAACUGUGCAAAGGGGGCGGGCGAAGCUGCGUGAACGGUUCUUGCCCUCGUUCUUGCACAAAGAGAACUUUCGCUGCCUGUUCUUGCCUUGGUUUUGCUCGUUUCUAUCUCGUUUGGCAAAACCUUUCAUCCAGACUCCGGAAUCAUGUUAGCCUUGCAGGACCCAGCCAGGGUAAGGAUGUUCCCCCCCGUCUUCACCUGAAGUCGGCAGCCAGGGCGGUGCGGCCAGUUCAACAGGGUGUGCUGGCUCUUGCUGAGAGGGCUCAUAGUCCAACCUCGAUAGUUUUUGCUUCGCCCUCAUCUAUAGUCAAAGAAUGUCAACGAUACGCUUAUUUUGACAUGCCUUUGGUCUUAAAACGCAUGCUUGUCAGAUGUACAGUUGAGUUAGGCAGUUAGGUUAGAAUUGCUCAGAGUGAUGAAACGUCACCAGAUAAACCGCUUGGUAUGCCAACGCUGCUGAGCCAUGCAAAAGCCAGUCCAGAUCCUUGAGAACCUGACAGUAAACCCGAAACCUCUCAGAACCUGCUGAUACCAAAGAUCACUUGAGAGAUCUCUAUGAUAUAUUCGGACCCUUUCUCCAAAGUUGACCAAAGUCAUGUGCACCGCGAAGCUUGUCCUUGUAGCGUUUGCUCAAAACUCAAGACAUCAUGAACUCAGAAUGUAC